AUGCGUUGGACGUGUCGUACGUCACGUGCGCUCCCAGACGCUGGGAUAGUUGCACUGAUGAAAGAUUCAUGGGUGUAUGGGUGCGGAUGUGUGUGUGUGUGGGUGAGCCGCGCCUCCACCCAAACGGAUGCCUGCCUAAGAUGCCAGGGUGAAAGCAAGAAGGAUUCAUAUGGCAAGCAAGACUGUGUGGUUGUAUGGGGAGAAUGCAACCAUAGUUUUCAUUUCUGUUGCAUGUCUUUGUGGGUGAAACAGAACAACCGAUGUCCCCUCUGCCAACAAGAGUGGUCGAUACAACGAAUGGGAAAGUAA